GAUUUUGAUUAAUUGUUUGUCUGUUUUCGUUUGAAACUCGCCUCGUGAUAUAAAAAAGAAAGAAAAAACCAUUUUUGAAAAGAUAACUUUUUGUCGUGUGAUACCCAAGUAUACAAACCACCCGUACAUCUGAUUAAGUCCGUACAUCUCCUGUUUCUACUCAGAACCAUCUGCACUGAUCUUGCACUGAUAAUUACGUCCGUGAACAACCAUUAGUGGCCAUUAACAAUAAACCACCCGAUUGAAGUGUUCUUUUAGCUUUAGCUCGAGCAAUUCACGUGUAUCUGCUUCCACUCGUAUACCAAUUCAGAGAGAUAGCUCUGUCAACGUUAUAGUAGUUGUUCCACCCCUCAAUACUCCCCCACAAGUUUUUUUUUUUUGUUCGGUCAAGCUGAAGGAAACUGAAAAUUACCUGAAUCAACUCUUUUUAUUAGUAUUGAAGAAGUUGUUUUGAAGUCUUUGUUGCUAAUAUUCAAUUCCCAAUAUGUCUAGUGAAACACCCAAGAAGGAGCCAGUUGCUGGUGCUUCUGCAGAAGCAGCUGCUGAGAAGACACCGCAGAGUACCGAGGUCAAGGUUCCAGCCAAUACUGAAAGUAGUUCGAGUAAACCAAGCGAAACAGAAACCAAGGCCAACGGCGAGGAUGAUGAGGAUGAUUUGGACGACUUGGAUGACUUGUUAGACGACUUUGCUGAAGAUGUAUUGAAUAAACCACCAGGCUCAGCCAGAAGCCAAACCGCGGAUAAUCGAAGUCAGACCAAUGAAGAUUUCGCUAAUGAAUCUUCUAGUAAAGGAGCUACUUCCGCUAACAAGCCGGUGAAUGACGAAUUUAAGACCAAGAUCGAAGAUUUGAUUAAAGAUUUGAAUAUAGAGGAUCCGGAUACUAAAGAUCAAUUUGAAAAAUUGGUUAAGGAAUUUGAAAAUGAUCAUAAAGAAGAUAUGGAUACUGCUACUAAAAACCCACAAUAUUUCGAUGAUAUCAUGAAACAGACCAUGAAUCGUUUGAAGAAAUCGGGCGAAACCAUUGAUGAACAAUUGAAAAAUGAUCCUUCAAGUGGUAAUCCAGAAGAUAUGCUCACGCAAUUAUUGGCAGGUCUUGGUGGUCCAGAUGGCGCAGGUUCUGGCGACGGUGAUUUUGAUAUGUCGAAGCUAUUGGUUGAUAUGCUUGAACAAUUGUCUUCUAAAGAAGUUUUGUAUGAACCUAUAAAAGAUCUCAACACUAAAUUUCCUGAUUAUCUUAAAGAAAAGAAAGGGGUGAUUUCAGAAGAAGAACAUCAGAAUUAUACCAAGCAAUACGAAAUUACCAACGAUAUAGUGGCAAUGUUUGAAUCAUCUGAUUUCAAUGAUGAAGAUAAACAAAAGAGAGAACAAGUCAAUGCGUUAUUAGAAUCGUUGCAAGAGUUAGGCCAACCUCCUGCUGAUUUAGUCGGCGAUGCAAGCGAAUUCCCUGGUUUUGGUGGAUUAGGAGGUGCCUCCGGUGCUGGUGCUGGUUCUGGUUUAGAUUUUAACGAUAAAGAUUUACCCCAAGAUAUUGAAAAAGAACUCGAAGAAGGCUGUAAACAAACUUAAUGACCUGUUUUACGAAGUACUAAAAAGAAAAGUGAAAAAAAAAAAAUUGUUGAUUACUUUUACUAUUUAUAAUGUUUCUUUAAUUGGUAUAUAGAAUUCUUGAUGUUAAUUAAUUAUACGUUCAAUCCUCCUCUUUUAGAAAAUUCUUCAUAAUAAUCAAGCAUUUGUGGUGUAAUAUUCUUGGUAAUUCCAUUUAAUGCAUGUAAAAAGUGUCUUUCUUCAACUUUGGUACUCUGUUUAUCUUCCAUUAUAGCUGAUAACCCGGCUUCUUGACAUAACAAGGCUACUUCAGCUCCUGAACAACCCUCAGUUGAAAAAGCUAACGAUUUCAAAAAGUCUUCAC